GAAGAAAAGAAAAACCUGAUAAAACUACCACAGUUAGCACCAGCAGCGACUAAUAUUUACCUUUGGAGGAUCAUGAAACUUUCACUAGAAUUAAUGUCACCAACCUGUGCUGCAUGUGACCUGACUCAGAGGUGUGUUCACAACGCUGCUGCAACAUAAUGUUAAAAUAAUUUUCCAGACCAUUUUAGUUUCUCUUAUUUUCCAUGAGUUUUCCAUGACUGGAUAAUUGGUCAGCUGUUUUCCAGGACGCGUGGGAACCCUGAAUGAGCAGUAAUCUCAGGUUUCUGUUUAACUGACACUUUAUUGUGUUAAAUAUGUACAAACACUGCUGAUCUAAAAAGAACCAACAUAUAAAUCUGGAGUUUACAUUGUAUUACAAAAUGCAGAUAAAAACAAGUUUAUUUACAAAAAAUAACUUCUACAGAGCUCCGAUUGUCAUUUAAAAAAUAAAGUUUAAUUUCAUCACAGCUGUUAACCAGCUGCACGAGUUAAAGUCCAGCUGUUUUAAAAAGGUCUCAGGGGGAUGAAGCUACUCCCAGCAUGCACUGGGUGAGAAGUUGACCUGAAGUGAAUUCAGAAGAAUCCAACCAGAGGAAUCUGUAAUGUCUGAUAACCAGGAUCAGGAUUUAAACAAUGAUGUUUGGGUGUACUGUAACAAAUCUUGACAGUCUAAUACAUCUGAUAUAUUUUGUGUUCAACAUACUGAACCUCUGGGUGAAUCUGGUGGCUGUGUAACACAUUUUGGGGUCAUCAGAUCCUGUUUAGGGCUCCAACAAGGUUUCUGUGGACCCUGAAUAUUUGUGUCAUGUUACUGAGAGGAAGGAGAACUAAAGUGUCCUGAGAUGUAAAGCUUGUUGUAAUGAAUGAGUGCAGCUCUCUCAGCAUGUUGUUGUGUUUGUGUGAAGGUGUGGGCUCUGCUAUGAAUCAGUGUGAGGACAGAGAGGAGGGAGUCCCUCCCUCUAAAAGCACUCUGUGUGGGGAACAUGACAGCCAGACCAAAGCUCAGAGCCCAGAGCAGCAGCAGGGACCAGACUCUGCUGGACCUGGACCUGGACCUGGACCCAGCUGUGUGUCCAUCAAGAGUGACCGGUCUAUGGGCAGACUCAUUGACUUCAAAGGUGGACACCACUCUGCUGAUCAAAGGAUCCAUCGGCAGAGACCAGAUUCUCCUGGACCCAGCUGUGUGUCCGUGAACAGCGACCGUCAUGUCCCUGUUCACUUCAAAGCUGGACAUAAUGAUGCUGAACAAAAAGUUGAUCAGCAGAGCUCAGAGGUUCCCAGUGGUCAGUCUGCCCAGCAGCAUCAAACAGACCUGGACUCCAUAUUUAUGCUGCUCCAGGAAAACAUUGGCAGGUUUGUGAAGAACGAGGUGAAGAAGUUCCAGAGGGUUCUGAGUCCAGAUUACCCAGAAUGCUUAGAGAGUCAGAGGGAGGAUGAGGAGGUGUUGGACGGUGAGGAGGAGGAGCAGAGGAGGAGCAGCAGAGAGGCAUUUCUGAAGAUCACACUGCACUUCCUGAGGAGAAUGAAGCAGGAGGAGCUGGCUGAGCGUCUGCAGAGCAGAACUGCUGCUCCAGUGUGCCGACGUAAACUCAAGUCUAACCUGAAGAAGAAGUUCCAGUGUGUGUUUGAGGGGAUUGCUAAAGCAGGAAACCCAACCCUUCUGAACCAGAUCUACACAGAGCUCUACAUCACAGAGGGAGGGACUGCAGAGGUCAAUGAUGAACAUGAGGUCAGACAGAUUGAAACAGCAUCCAGGAAACCAGACAGACCAGAAACAACCAUCAGACAAGAAGACAUCUUUAAAGCCUCACCUGGAAGAGACGAACCAAUCAGAACAGUGAUGACAAAGGGAGUGGCUGGCAUUGGGAAAACAGUCUUAACACAGAAGUUCACUCUGGACUGGGCUGAAGACAAAGCCAACCAGGACAUACAGUUCACAUUUCCAUUCACUUUCAGAGAGCUGAAUGUGCUGAAAGAGAAAAAGUACAGCUUGGUGGAACUUGUUCAUCACUUCUUUCCUGAAACCAAAGCAGCAGGAAUCUGCAGCUUUGAAGAGUUCCAGGUUGUGUUCAUCUUUGACGGUCUGGAUGAGUGUCGACUUCCUCUGGACUUCCACAACAAUGAGGUCCUGACUGAUGUUACAGAGUCCACCUCAGUGGAUGUGCUGCUGACAAACCUCAUCAGGGGGAACCUGCUUCCCUCUGCUCGCCUCUGGAUAACCACACGACCUGCAGCAGCCAAUCAGAUCCCUCCUGAGUGUGUUGACAUGGUGACAGAGGUCAGAGGGUUCACUGCUCCACAGAAGGAGGAGUACUUCAGGAAGAGAUUCAGAGAUGAGGAGCAGGCCAGCAGAAUCAUCUCCCACAUCAAGACAUCACGAAGCCUCCACAUCAUGUGCCACAUCCCAGUCUUCUGCUGGAUCACUGCUACAGUUCUGGAGGAGGUGUUGGAGACCAGAGAGGGAGGAGAGCUGCCCAAGACCCUGACUGAGAUGUACAUCCACUUCCUGGUGGUUCAGUCCAAACUGAAGAACAUCAAGUAUGAUGGAGGAGCUGAGACAGAUCCACACUGGAAUAAAAAGAGCAGGAAGAUGAUUGAGCCUCUGGGAAAACUGGCUUUUGUGCAGCUACAGAAAGGCAAUCUGAUCUUCUAUGAAUCAGACCUGACAGAGUGUGGCAUCGAUAUCAGAGCAGCCUCAGUGUACUCAGGAGUGUUCACACAGAUCUUUAAAGAGGAGAGAGGGCUGUACCAGGACAAGGUGUUCUGCUUCGUCCAUCUGAGCGUUCAGGAGUUUCUGGCUGCUCUUCAUGUCCAUCUGACCUUCAUCAACUCUGGUGUCAAUCUGCUGGCAGAAGAACAAACAACCUCCCGGCGGUCUAAAGUCUUCAGAGACAAACCUAAACUAACACAUCUCUACCAGAGUGCUGUUGACAAGGCCUUACAGAGUCCAAAUGGACACCUGGACUUGUUCCUCCGCUUCCUCCUGGGUCUUUCACUGCAAACCAAUCAGACUCUCCUACGAGGUCUGCUGACACAGACAGGAAGUAGCUCACAGACCAAUCAGAAAACAGUUGAGUACAUCAAGAAGAAGAUCAGUGAGGAUCUGUCUCCAGAGAGAAGCAUCAAUCUGUUCCACUGUCUGAAUGAACUGAAUGAUCGUUCUCUAGUGGAGGAGAUCCAACAGUCCCUGAGUUCAGGAAGUCUCUCCACAGAUAAACUCUCUCCUGCUCAGUGGUCAGCUCUGGGCUUCAUCUUACUGUCAUCAGAAAAAGAUCUGGACGUGUUUGACCUGAGGAAAUACUCUGCUUCAGAGGAGGCUCUUCUGAGGCUGUUGCCAGUGGUCAAAGCUUCCAACAAAGCUCUGCUGAGUGGCUGUAACCUCUCAGAGAGAAGCUGUGAAGCUCUGUCCUCAGUUCUCAGCUCCCAGUCCUCUAGUCUGAGAGAACUCGACCUCAGAAACAACAGCUUGAGAGAUUCGGGAGGGACGUCUCUGUCUACUGGACUGUUAAGUCCACAAUGUAAACUGGAAACUCUCAGACUGAGUGGCUGUAAUCUGUCAGAGAGAACCUGUGAAGCUCUGUCCUCAGUUCUCAGCUGCCAGGCCUCUAGUCUCGGAGAGCUGGACCUGAGUAACAACGACCUGCAGGAUUCAGGAGUGAAACUGCUGUCUGCUGGACUGGAAAGGCCACAUUGUACACUGGAAACUCUCAGGUUGAGUGGCUGUAACCUCUCAGAGAGAAGCUGUGAAGCUCUGUCCUCAGUUCUCAGCUCCCAGUCCUCUAGUCUGAGAGAGCUGGACCUGAGUAACAACAACCUGCAGGAUUCAGGAGUGAAGCUGCUGUCUGCUGGACUUGAGAGUCCACACUGUACCCUGGAAACUCUCAGGCUGUCAGGCUGUCUGAUCACAGAGGAAGGCUGUGCUUCUCUGGCCUCAGCUCUGAGCUCCAACCCUUCCCAUCUAAGAGAGCUGGAUCUGAGCUUCAACUAUCCAGGAGACUCAGGGGUGAAGCUGCUGUCUGCUGGACUGGUGGAUCCACACUGGAAACUGGACACUCUCAGGGUGGACCAUGGUGGAGAGCAGAGGUUAAAACCUGAUGUGAGGAAGUAUUUCUGUGAACUCACACUGGACACAAACACAGCACACAGAAAGCUCAAACUGUCUGACAACAACAGGAAGGUGACAUGGGUGAGAGAGGAGCAGCCAUAUCCUGAUCAUCCAGAAAGAUUUGACUUCUGGCCUCAGCUGCUGUGUAGAGAUGGUCUGACUGGUCGCUGUUACUGGGAGGUCGAGUGGAGAGGAGGAGUUUAUAUAUCAGUGAGUUACAGAGGAAUCAGAAGGAGAGGAUACAGUAAAGACUGUGUGUUUGGAUGUAAUGAUCAGUCCUGGAGUCUGAAGUGCUCUGCUGGUCGUUACUCUGUCUGUCACAAUAACAGAGAAACAGUCCUCCCUCUCUCCUCCUCCUCCUCCUCCUCCUCUAACAGAGCAGCAGUGUAUGUGGACUGUCCUGCUGGCUCUCUGUCCUUCUACAGAGUCUCCUCUGACACACUGAUCCACCUCCACACCUUCAACAUCACAUUCACUGAACCUCUUUAUCCUGGGUUUAGGCUCUGGUCCUCUGGUUCCUCCUCAGUGUCUCUGUGUUCUGUGUAGGAGGGAGACAACUUCCAGUCCUGUGGUUUAAAUGUUGGUGGUGGACGAGGCUUCACUUUGGUUAACAUCUGGCUCACUGAUUGUGCCUUUAAUGUCAGAAAUGUGUUUUCUUAGAAAUGGUGAAAUGAUCUCAGGGCUGAACUUGUUGUGGGUUAGGGUAAGACUUUAGUUAUUUUCUUUAUCCUAUUCACCUGCAGUGACCUGUCAAAUCUGUGCAAAUUGGCACAUUUUUUAUUAGUUAACGCCUAAUUUGCAUAUCAAUUGUAAUGACGUUAUUAGACACAAAUGUUAAUGUGUUUUCACCUGUAGUGUCUCCAUCAGUACAUUAGGUUGUAAGGCCAUGAGAUAUUAGCCUUAGCUAAACUUCAGCUAACUUAUUACAUCAGCUCAGCUCAUCAGUCAUGCGUUAGCAAGACAUGGGCCUAUACUGUCUUUUGUCUUUUGUUUAAUUAGCAGUAAACUGGAGGCACUGGUAGUCUUUUUUUCAUCACCACUCACCUCCACACAAGCCAAGAAAAACAGUGCUGGGAGAGAAGCUGGAGGGGCUGCUGUCUGUCUGUGAGCUGCAGAGCGAAAACUUAACAGUUCUGCAUGAUGAUUCACUUUUAAAACCUACAAGGCUGAUAAAUAAAAGUAACAGUAGUUUGUUAA